AUGGCAGACUCCAAAAAUCUGCCGGCAGGCCCCGAUCACUACAGGGGCUGGUUGUAUAAAUGGACAAACUACAUCAAAGGCUACCAGAAGCGGUGGUUCGUUCUGCAGAAUGGGUUGCUUUCGUACUACAGGACACAGGCGGAGAUGGCUCACACCUGCCGUGGUACUAUCAACCUGGCCAACGCCUUCAUCCACACAGACUCUGACUCCUGCACCUUUGUCAUCUCUAACGGAGGCACCCAGAGCUUCCACCUGAAGGCCAGCUCCGAGGUCGAGAGGCAAAAAUGGGUGACUGCUCUGGAGCUUGCCAAAGCUAAAGCAAUUAAACUUAUGGAAUCAGACAGCGACGAAGACGAUCACCCUAAGGUGGACAAGAACGAGCUUCAGACAACCCUGAGGACGCUGACGUCCAAACUGGAGGACUUGAACACAUGUAACGACCUGAUAGCCAAACACGGCACCGCCCUGCAGAAAGCCCUAAGUGAGCUGGAGCAGUUGGACCACAGCGGAGACCUGUCCAGCAAGAUCAAGUCUGUCAAUGAGAGAGCCACUCUGUUCCGGAUAACAUCCAACGCAAUGAUCAACGCUUGCUCUGAUUACCUGGAUUUGGCUCAGGCGCAGGGUCGGCGCUGGCAACGCAUGUUACACAGCGAGCACGAGCAGAGGAUGAAGUUAGAGGAAAUGGUAGAACACCUGGCCAAACAACAGGCCUCGUUUGAGAACAAGGUGCGCAAGUCUAUCCCUGCCGGCUCCAAGGUCACCAUGAAGGAAGAAGCCUCUCACCUGUCCUCUGAUGAAGACAUGGACUUUGUGGAUGCUGUGGAGAACAUUGUAGAAGAGUUUACAGUGGCUUUGCCUUCCAAUGAAAAAGUCCACAAACGGACGCCAAGUGGUUUCUCCAUGGACAGUUUUGGUGUGCCUGCCGAUGGAGAGUAUUCUAGCGAAUCAGAGACAGAGUGCCACGGUAAAGAGGCGAGGGUGUUGUACUCUAAAGUGGAGGACGCCAAGUUACGUCUUGGCGCAAAACACAAACGUCAGGCCAGUAAGGAUAAGCUUAUGCGGCCAGCGAGUGACGUGCACACCCCAGAGCCCUCACCCCGAGUCCAGAGAAGGAAACCCCGGCGGACAACCAUACCUGAGAAACCCAACUACAGCCUAAACCUGUGGAGCAUCAUGAAGAACUGUAUUGGCAAGGAGCUGUCCAAAAUCCCUAUGCCUGUAAAUUUCAGUGAACCUUUAUCGUUAUUACAACGUCUGACAGAAGAUUUUGAGUACACGGAGUGCCUUGACAUUGCGGCUCGCUGCGAGGACAGCUACGAGCAGAUGGCCUACCUGGCCGCUUUUACUAUAUCGGCCUACUCAACCACCACCAACAGAACCAGCAAGCCAUUCAACCCGCUCCUCGGGGAGACGUAUGAGUGUGACCGCAUGGAUGACCUCGGCUGGAGGGCCAUCUCAGAACAGGUGAGUCACCAUCCACCAAUCGCGGCCACGCACGCUGAAGGUAGAGGCUGGAAGUUGUGGCAAGAGUUUGCCAUGACCAGUAAAUUCAGGGGGAAGUACCUACAGAUUUUGCCUUUAGGCAUCACUCACCUGGAGUUUACAAAGACAGGAUGUCACUUUACUUGGAGGAAAGUCACCUCCACUGUCCAUAACAUCAUUGUGGGGCGUCUCUGGGUGGACAACCACGGAGACAUGGAUAUCAUUAACCACAACACUGGGGAGAAAUGCCACCUCAACUACUCGGCAUACAGCUAUUUCUCCAAGGAACCCCCCAGAAAAGUGACAGGUGUGGUGACUGACAAGUAUGGAAACCCACAGUGGGUGCUGACGGGCACGUGGGAUGAUCACAUGGAAGGGGCCCGUAUCCUCCACGUUCAGGAAAGCAAGGGCAAGCCUGUGUUUGAGACAGGUCCUCAUAAACUGCUGUGGAAACGCAAACCUCCACCACCAAACAGUGAGAAGAUGUACAACUUCACGCAGCUGGCCAUAGAGUUAAACGAGUGGGAGGAUGGCACUGCACCCACUGAUUCACGACGACGCCCUGACCAGCGCCUAAUGGAGGAGGGACGGUGGGACGAGGCCAACAAAACUAAGGUGGUGCUGGAGGAGAGGCAGAGGACGGCGAGAAAGAAACGAGAGGCCGAGGCGGAGAAAGCUGCAGCAGAAGGGCGAGACUACCCGUCCUACGAACCGUUGUGGUUCAGGCAGGUCGAGGACAAGCACCAUGGCGGCUUGAUGCACCUCUACCGUGAAAGCUACUGGCAGCAUAAAGAGAAACAAGACUGGGCCUGCUGCCCAAAUAUAUACGGGUGACAAGAGACCUGUACUGGGAGUGUAACUUGACAGAAUUGUUGUAUGCUAGCACAGAGGCUAAAGUCUGUCAGCAGUAAGCAUUAUCCCCCCUUGCCUCCCAACUGCAGUAAGAGUUAUCUCCCUUGGCUGGCUCUUACAGGAUCUCAUGCAGCCUUCUCUGUGGCUGGAUUGCGGUGAUGAUAGCAGAAACAUGUGAUUUAUUGCUGUGAGCAUUUGCUGUUAUACCAGGCUGUUCCAGAACUUGUCCUGCAGCAUCCGUCUGCUUCUGUCUGAGCUGCCGGCUCUGGUUUAACCAGACAACAGACAGGCAGCCUUGUCAUUUUCAGGCUGGAUUACCUGUCGUACUCAGUCACUGCCACCCAGUGUUGACAGAUGUCUGUGGGAUUUCUAUGUGGUCUUUGUGAGGAUCAACAGGGCGGGCUUCAGUAUUUUGACAUCAGCAGAAGUCAGUGUUGUGAGCAAUAUACCAGUCACUUCUACAGCUUGAUGAGAUAUCCCCAGCUACAUCGACAUCUUUGAAGAGACAGCAAGCAAGUUGGCACUAUGACAAAAUGUAUGGCAGGGAAUGGUCGAAAUGAACAAGAAUUCUCAUGCCUGCCAUUCUGGGGUGACUGUUAGCUUUUAACUGUUAUGUGAAUAAGAGGAAAAAAUAAGACAAGUAAAAAUGCCAGUUCUUUCAAAGCUUUAUGUCAGCAAAUUAUUCCACGCCCAGCAACCUUGUACAAGAUUGAAAUUAAAUUCCUCAAUCAUUGUAAAUAGCUUUAAAUAGAAAAACUGCUUCUGUGUAAUUUAUUAUUCAAUAGGCUUUUACCUGUGGAUGGCUUCAACCCUAUGCUGAAUGACGCAAAGCAUUAUACUUCCUUGCUGAGCUGAAGUAGCAGGGUAGUCUCCCCUGAAGCUGUUGCAGCAGAGUAUUGCUCCCUUGCUAAGAUGAGUUAGCGGAGUAAUGUCCCUUUGCUGAGCUGAAGUACAUGUAGCAGGUAGUGUCCCCUUGAUAAGUUGGCAUGCAAGUCAUUUUGGAUGUUGUUAUGCCUGUGUUAAUACACUUCCAACUAUUUAAUGUGCCUUUAGGCCCUUAGAUAACCGUGAGCCCCUUCAGUACAUGUGUAUGGUAUAUUCACUGAUGCGAAUCGCAUUUAAAUGCAGUUGUUAGUCAUGUCAGUGCUAACAAGGGGGAUAACUUUGUGUUAAUGUUGAA